AUGCAGGUUAUCAUUCCAAACUUGCCGGUCACCGGGAUGAGACUGCAUCUAGAAGGCAAAAAGAACAACAGGCUAGGCCUCCACCUGCAGCAUCUGGCGAGCACCCCAACGUUCAUCAAGGGACGGCGGGACAAGCCGCCGAUAUGGCGCGGGUCGGAGGCGGUCUCCGACGAGCCGGUGCAGCGGCGGAUGUUCGCCCGCGUCUGCACCGCGCCGGUGAAGUACGACCCCAACUGGUGCAGCGCGCACCGGCGGACCGCGUACGUCGUGUCCGGCGUGCAGCUGCACGUCAGGGCCCACGACUCGACCGCCGUGCUGCACCUCAGGCUCCUGUACACCGAGCUGGCAGGGUACGCCGUGGUGCAGUCCAAAUGGGCGCACAACACGGCGAGGCUCUCGGGUAAAGGGAGCUUCCUGUCCAAGUCGUUAGGGGCGGCGGCGUCUUCGGGCGCCGCUGAGAGAGACCGGCAGGAACCGGCAAGAGUCAACGUCGACUCCGGCGUGUUCGCCGGAGGGCCGCCGGUGCCCGUCGGCGACCAGAAGCUGCUCAAGUUUGUUGACACGUCUCAGGUUACCAUGGGGCCGCAGGACGCCCCUGGGUACUGGCUGGUCACAGGUGCAAAGCUUGAUGUCGAGAAGGGGAAGAUCUCACUCCAUGUCAAGUUCUCACUGCUGGCUCCAGUUUCUUGACAAGCUGCUCCAAGAACUGUACAGUAUCAGACUUGCUAUCUUUUGUCAUGCAUUCUUUCAGAAAUUUGUACAGGGAAUCAGACCCAGGGAAAUCCAAUGGGCAACAUUUCUAUUUC